AUGGCAAAGAAAAAGAAGUCUACUUCAAAAUCAACUACAGAGAAUAAAGUUGAAACCAAUAUAAAUGAAAAUAAUAAUAAUAAUACAGAUACUCCCAAACCAUUCGACCCAUUUGAGAAUUUAGAUGAUAAACAAUUGGAUAUAUUUAAACAAUUUAAAGAGAAAUUAAAUGAAUUAGAACUAUCUGAUAAAGAAAAAUUAUGGGUAGAUGAUAUGAUGAUUCUACGUUAUUUACGUGCAAGAGAAUACGAUUUACAAGCUUCAUUCAAUCUUUUAAAGAAAACAUUAGAAUGGAGGAAACAAUAUAAACCAGAUGAAAUAACUGCUGAACAUUUAAGUUAUGAAGCAUCAACAGGCAAACAAUAUUGUAAUGGUAAAACAAAGGAUGGAAAACCAGCUAUUUAUAUGCGUCCCGUUAGGGAGAAUACAAAGAACUAUGAAAGACAGAUUCAGUUGCUUGUUUACACUUUGGAGCGUGCCAUUCAGCAUAUUGAUAGAAGUACAGAGACCGGAGUCGAACAGCUAGCUAUCGUUAUAGAUUUCAAUGGAUAUUCAUUGUUUAAUGCACCACCGAUGUCCGUUGCCAGACAAACUCUAGAGAUUCUCUCGGAUCAUUAUCCAGAGCGAUUGGGUACCGCUUUCGUUGUGGACCCUCCCAUGAUUUUUAACAUUCUAUAUAACGCAAUCAUGCCUUUUGUCAAUCCCAACACCGCCAAGAAGAUAGUAUUCGUUAAAGGUGAAAAGGCAAAGCUGAAGACCAUGCAUGAGCAUUUCGAUAUCGAACAUAUCGAGCGUCCUCACACUGGAACAUCGGAAUUCGAGUAUGAUCACAUGACUUUUUGGCGUAAUGAAAUCAUUUUAGAUAGAGAAAAGCGUCAGUUACCACCACUUUCAAACGAAGAACUAGAUGUAAUAUUGAAAAGAAAAGAUUAA